AUGGCCUCCUCCCUUCCCCGCAGGUUGGAGCCUCCCCUUCUCCCUCUGUGUGCCUGUGGCACUGCGGAACCUGGAUGGGCUGGGGGUGACCCUGUGGAGGUGUGUGUUACAAGCAGAAAAGUCAUAUAUUAUUUCUGCUUUGACCAGAAGGAGGCAACUGAGUGCUUUCUCCUUGUAUUGAUAGUUUUGGAUUGCUACAUGGUCAUUUGUUACCCACUGAAAUAUCUGUUCAUCUGGUUCAACUGCUCUGUUAUUUUUGCCUCAGUGGUGCCUCUCUACUUCACAAUUCUCCUACUUUGUGGUCCAUAUGUUCUUGACUACCUUGUCUGUGAAUUGCCUAUUCUUCUUCACAUGCUCUGUACUGAUAUAUUUCUGCAGAAGACCAUGAUGGUCAUAGGUAGGGCUAAGACAUUGUUAUUCCCCUUCCUCCUCAUUAUACCCUCCUACCUUCACUUUCUGGUGGCCAUGAUGAAAAUACAAUCAAGUAAGCGAAACCAGCAACAACAAAAGAUCUCCACAUGUACUUCCCUCCUUACUGUGAUGACCAUAUAUUAUGGAACAGGAUGGAUCGGUAACAUGAAGCCCAAAUCUCUCUAUUCAGUAGAGGGAGACAAACUGAUCUUGUUCUAUUUGGUCAUCAACCCUAUGUUGAAUCCUUUUAUUUAUAGCUUGAGAAAUAAGGAAAUGAAGGUAGUUUUAUGGAGAUUAUUGAGCAGAAACAACAAUUAUAUAUAA